GAAACACAGCUCUCCAAGAAGGGCGGAACACAGCGGCACGAUACCUGUAUACUGUUACAACAAAAACAACCACACACCUUUCAGUUUAUUUGUGGUUUUUCUUCAGUUGUGUGGCCACAGAGCUGCCUCACCUCCCCAUGCUGCUGUGCCGCAUUUCGGCAGUGAGCCACGCGCUAGCGAGAUGGGGACGGAGGUCACAUCGGAGAGGCGGCCUCCUCCACCAGGCUCUCCCCUUCAGCUCCAGCCGCUGUCAUGGUGUGAGUUCAGGAGAAGGCAGCGCUCAGCCAGCAGAGACGGGUUCUGCUCAGGGAGUGUACCGAGAUACAGUGCUGCUUCCCCGGACUAAGUUCCCAAUGAAACUGACCGGGCAGAAGCUGCUGGACCGAGAACUCGAGAUACAGAAGGAGUGUGGAUUUGCAGAUUUGUACUCCUGGCAGAGAGAGAGGAAGGCCAAGAAGGAGUUCUGCCUUCAUGAUGGACCCCCGUAUGCAAAUGGAGACCCUCAUGUUGGACACGCACUCAAUAAGAUCCUAAAGGACAUCCGUAACCGCUUUGAGAUGCUGAGGGGGCGGCAGGUCCACUAUAUCCCAGGCUGGGACUGCCACGGCCUGCCCAUCGAGCUGAAGGCUCUCGGAGAGCUGGGGACCAGCGGCCUGAGUCCGCUACAGAUCAGACAGAAAGCGCGGGAGUUUGCAGAGAGGGCCAUAGCUCGUCAGAAGGCUGCUUUCCAGCGCUGGGGGGUGAUGGCUGACUGGGACCAGUGCUACUACACCUAUGAUGGGGCCUAUGAGGCUGCUCAGCUGAAAGUCUUCCAAGAAAUGCACAGCAAGGGACUCAUCUAUCAGGACUACAAGCCGAUCUUCUGGUCUCCUUCAUCAAAAACGGCCCUAGCAGAGGCAGAGUUGGAGUACAACCCCGAACAUGUGAGCAGAGCCAUUUACGCCACAUUUCCCCUGAUCACACUGCCAGCGGAGAUAGCUUCAGAGAAAGCAGGUCUGGAAAGUGUCUCUGUGUUGGUGUGGACCACCCAGCCUUGGACCAUUCCUGCAAACCAGGCCAUAUGCUACAUGCCCAAUGCCCAGUUCUCGGUUGUGAAGAGGGCGGAUAACUCUCAGUUGCUCCUGGUGGCCACGGAGCGCACAGCCAGCGUGGCAGCACUGCUGGGCACAGAGCUGGAGAGUGUGGGCACCUUCACAGGCUCCCAGCUUGAGGGCGGGGUCUGCAAACACCCCACAAUUCCUGACAAGGAAGUGCCGCUGUUGCCGGCUAAUCACGUGACUAUGGCAAAAGGAACAGGGUUGGUCCACACGGCGCCGGCUCACGGCAUGGAGGAUUACAGUGUGGCUUCUCAGUAUAAACUGUCUGUGGAGUGUAUAGUGGACGAGGACGGCAAGUUCACCGAGUCAGCUGGACCAGAUCUACACAAUCUGUCCGUGAUGAGAGAAGGCACUGACAAAGUGAUCUCCAUGCUGAAGGAGUGUGGCGCUCUGGUGAAAGAGGAGAAGUGUGUCCACAGCUACCCGUAUGACUGGAGGACAAAGCAGCCCGUUAUCAUCAGGCCCAGUAAGCAGUGGUUCAUCAACACAGCAUCACUCAAAGACAAAGCCAAGGAGGUGCUGCAGAAGGUGCGUGUUUUGCCAGAGUCGGCGAAGGGCAGCCUGCUGGCCAUGCUGGACAGACGGACGUACUGGUGCAUCUCCAGACAGCGAAGCUGGGGCGUCCCGAUCCCAGUCUUCUACCACAAAGAGACUGGAGAGGCUCUCGUCAACAAACACACAGUGUCCCACAUAGCAACACUCUUCAAAGAAAAGGGCAGCGACUGUUGGUGGGAGCUUCCCAUUGAGACCUUGCUGCCAGCAGAGGUCCUCAAGAAGAGUAAAGCAGGUCCAGUGACUGACUACAUUCGUGGAGAGGAUGUGCUGGACAUCUGGUUUGACAGCGGAGCAUCAUGGGCCGCUGUACUAGAAGAGGAGAUGGAGGGAGAUUCUCAAGAGCCUGAGUCACGUCUCAGCUGGCUCCCCGCUCCGCUCCGCAAACCUCUGGUCGCAGAGUCAGACCCCAGGGCGGAUGCUUAUGUGGAGGGAAAGGACCAGAUUGGAGGCUGGUUUCAGUCGUCGCUGCUCACCAGUGUCGCUGUGAGGAACAAGGCACCUUACAAGUCUCUGGUGGUCCAUGGCUUUGCUAUCAGUGAGCAGGGAGAGAAGAUGUCCAAGUCUCUGGGCAAUGUUGUGGAUCCCGACACAGUCAUUAAUGGAGGGAAGGACAAUGGUUUACCGGCCUACGGGGCAGAUGUGCUGCGUUGGUGGGUGGCAGAGUCAAACAUCUUCUCUGAGGUCCAGAUUGGACCCACCGCACUCAACUCAGCCAGAGACAGCAUCGCCAAGCUGAGGAACACUCUGAAGUUCCUGCUGGGAAACCUGCAUGGCUUCGACCCUCUCACUCAGGCUGUGGACUCCAAAGAGAUGCACUACAUCGAUCAGUACAUGCUGCACCUGCUCCGCGAAUACAGCAUGAAGGUUACAGACGCCUACAGUGAGUUUGAUGCCGGCAGGGUCAUCCGUGUCCUCCAGGCCUUCAUCGCCAGAGACCUCUCCAGUUUUUACUUCAGUAUCAUCAAAGACAGGCUGUACUGUGACCCAGAGGACUCACUGGGCAGAAGAUCAUGCCAGACUGUUUUAGAGGAAGUUCUGGAUGGAGUUACCAGAUCCAUCGCUCCCAUCCUGCCACAUCUAGCUGAGGAGGUCUAUCUACACGCGCCAGGACAUGACAAGGCGGAGACAUUGUUCAAGAGUGGCUGGAUAAAAAGCAGCUCUGUGUGGAGACAACCAGGGCUGGAGGAGGCAGUGGAGGGAGCGUGUGCCAUUAGGGACUCCUUCCUGUCGUCCAUCCCAGGCAAAAAUGCCGCUCAGUACGACCUCACUAUUGCCCUUGAACCUGGUCUGCUGUUUGAACUCAUGGAGUCUCUCCAAGAGGAGCCUACAUCCACCUCCUCCCAGCUGGCUGAGCUGAUGAUGGCGGCGCGGGUCAACCUGACCAGUGCGCUGCCCCGCGACCUGCCCUCAGACGCCCUGCUGAACCACGGCACCUUCCUCAUCAACCUGGAGGGUGGUGUCAUCCGUGAGGACAGCGCCUACGAUAUAGCGGUGGUGCCCACUUCCAGUGCCCGGUGCCCAAGGUGCCGGCGCUACACUGCUGAGUCGGCAGACUGCCUGUGCCCGCGCUGCCAGACCGUGGUCUCACGGGCCCAAUGACGGGCCUGACAUUCUGACCAUGACGACCAGCUAUCACCAAGGCUCUUUCGAUUCGCUGCACGUGUUUUAUGUUGCCCCUGAAGGCUGAAUAGAGACCAGGUUUCACUCUCCCUGUCACCAUCAGAAAAAUCAGCUGCUGCCUCAGUCACAUUUUUGCUCAUUGUUGAUGAUGCCAGUGAAGAGACACUGCAGCUUAGCACAGGGUUGGCGUUGGGAGUGAACGACCCAAUAACAGCUUUUGAUCCGCCCACAGAGUUUGUUGGAGCAGCCUGUCAGCGAACUCUUAAAACCAAAAUGUCCGAGUUGGUCCCAGCUGCUUGGCUGUGGCAUGAAUGUGCUGGUUAUACAUUCGAUCUCGUACCACCAAGCGAUCCGAUACAGCAUGGGAAAGAUUGUUUACUGUCAAUAUCACACGUCACUGAAAAUAUUGACCUGAUUUCCAGUUGAAAAGAGACACCGUUCAGAGGACUUGCUGUUUUUUUCAAUGUGUAAAUGUAUAGAGAAGCACUUCAUUACAGAGUGUCACUGUGUGACAACAGUAUAGGAUUUAUAGCACAGAGAGGAUGGGGGGGGGGGG